AUGUCCGACCUUCCGCCCGGGUUUGAGGGCAUGCCUGGUGGGGCUGCUGGAGGGGCUGGGGCUGGAGGGGCUGGGGCUGCGACUGGUGGUCCGCCUGGGUUUGGGGCUGUCGCUGGGGCUGGGGCUGGGGCUGGGGCUGGGGCUGGCGGCGGGCUCAAUCCGAAUGCGCCUGUGUGGCAAGGGGCGUGGACCAGCGUAGAGGCUAAGGAGCAAGAGGCGGACGGAUCGAGCCGCAAGGGCAAGGCGGGCGGAUCGAGCCGCAAGGACGUGUCGGGCACAGUGGAUGGAGCUGGGAAGGGCCAUAAGGCGGGAAAGGGUGGCAAGGCGGGGUCGAGCCGCAAAGGCAAGGCGGGCGGAUCGAGCCGCAAGGACGUGUCGGGCACAGUGGAUGGAGCUGGGAAGGGCCAUAAGGCGGGAAAGGGUGGCAAGGCGGGGUCGAGCCGCAAAGGCAAGGCGGACGGAUCGAGCCGCAAGGACGUGUCGGGCACAGUGGAUGGAGCUGGGAAGGGCCAUAAGGCGGGAAAGGGUGGCAAGGCGGGGUCGAGCCGCAAAGGCAAGGCGGACGGAUCGAGCCGCAAGGACGUGUCGGGCACAGUGGCCCCGAUUGUCGCUCCGUACGAGGCAGAUGUCGGCGUCGGCAUUGGCGACGCGUGGAAAGUGGACGUUGACUCGGGCCGUGCGCAUCUGCAGCUGCCAGAGGCGACGGUGGCGGGCCUGCGCGCGCGCGGGUGGGCAGCAAGUGCGGCGUCAGUCGCCGCUGCCGUGACCUACGAGUCCAGGCUGGAGGCUGCGGCGGACGCUGCUGUUCGCUCCGCCUCGGUCGACGCCGUCGAGCACAUCCUGCUCAACAGUCACCUGGCCAAGGCCAGCAUGGUCUCGACCCGGAUUGACGGCUCCCCGCCUCGCGCUCUCCACGGCCCGGUCAUUGUUCAGAUUCAGAAGGUCCGCAACGUGGCGCAGGCCGUCCGCCACGCCUCAGGCUUUGCGUUUGCUGCCAGUGACGAUGACGAUGAAACAUCGAUGAGCGAUGAUGACAGUGACGAUGACGACACUGCCGGCGCCGAUGCACUGCGCAAGCUGGCAGCGGCCUCCGAGAGUGUGCGGCUCAAGGUGAGAUCGGCCGCGAGACUGGCCCGCGGCGGCAAGGCGCGGAUGCUGCGCAUGCUGGUCACCGACGGAGCGACAUCCUUUGCGGCCGUCGAGCACGAACCGCUGCCCAUUCCGGACGAGGCGCUCAUUCCCGGUGCAAAGAUCCGGCUCGCUGGUACUGUCCGUGUCUUCAACGGUAUUGUCUUCCUCGAUCCGACAUGUGUCACUGCACUGGGCGGGCGGGUCGAGACGCUUGCCGCGCGCUACGCCACCCAUCAAGCCUCGCUUGCCCAGCCGGCCGUGGCGCAGGUCAAGCGCGCGCCGCGCUUUAUCCCGUUUACCGCUGUGGAUGCGCCUGCAGCGUCGGCGGCAGCAUCGACCGAGCGUACGCGCGGCAACGGCAAGGGAAGCGGACGUGGCAAAGGAAGUGGACGUGGCAAGGGUGGCGGGCGCGGCAAGGGUGGCGGGCGCGGCAAGGGUGGCGGGCGCGGCAAGGAUGGCGGACGCGGCAAGGGUAGCGGGCGAGGCAAGGGUGGCGGACGCGGCAAGGGCUUGAAUCAGCAGGACACCAGCAAGGGUAGGGGCAAGGGCAAGGGCGAGGUCAAGGACAAGGCUGCGCCUGAUGCUGAUGGUGCUAGUGCUGAUGGUGCGGCAAAGUCCAAGUCGACCCGUGGCCGCAGCCGUAACCGUAACCGCAACCGCAACCGCGGUCAACACUCUGGCCGUGGCCGCAACAACAACAACCGUGGCAGCGCGAAAGCAGACAGCGGGGGCGAAGCCAAGUCAGCCCGCAAGCCCGAGGCCAAGAGCGAGAGCGCUAGUGGCAGCCAGGCCAGACCAGGGCGGGGGCGGGGCAGAUCGCGGCGGGGUGCGCCGCCGUCGCGCCGAGGCGCGCCACCGCGGCUGUAGGUCGGCGUUUGUUUACACACGGUAAAUGGUGCGGAGGGUG